CCGGCAAGACAUUUUCUACCCCGCAGAAUAGAUUUGUCGGGUACCGAUGUGGAGGAGGUUGUCCAAGACAGGUAGCUUGACCAAACAACAAUACAAGCACACUAAGUACACGACCAACAAUCUCAGAACCCUUUCCUAAAACCCCAAAAACAAACUCUCUCACCACUGAUCGCCAUUUCCAAGCAAGAAAACAACCCAGCCCGCAAACCGCAGCAAUGGCAGACCCAUACACAUCCCACUUCGGUCCCAACAACAUCCCCUACGGCAUCGCCAGCUCCGCCAAACACCCCACCCCCCAAUGCGUAACGCGCAUAGAAAACUCAAUAAUCUUCCUCGCCUCACUCUCCCAAACCCCCCCAUUCACAUCCAUCCCCGCGGACCUCCCCUCACUAUUCCGCUCCUCAACCCUCAACGCCUUCGCCGCGCUCCCCCGCGCAAUCCACACCCAAGUCCGCGCCGCCAUCCAACACGCGCACACCACCUCCCAGCACAGCGCCCACGCCGAAAGCAUCAGCGAUGUAACCAUGCACCUCCCCAUGCACAUCGGCGACUUCACAGACUACUCCGCCUCGCGCAACCACGUGCUCAACGCCGGCGAAGCCAUCCAAGGGACGCGCACACUACCACCAGGCUUCCACAAGUUCCCCGUCGGCUACGCAGGGCGCUGCUCCUCGAUCCGCGUAUCCCCCGCGCCUAUAACACGGCCGCUGGGCCAGUACAUUGAGAACCCCGCUGCGGCCGCAGCGGACAAGAAGAUCGUGUUCGGCGCGUCGCGCGCACUGGACUACGAGAUGGAAGUCGGCGCCAUCAUUGGGCGGCCCGUGGAAGCCGGUACGCAUCUCGCUGCCAAGGACGCGGAUGCGCAUAUCUUCGGACUCGUCCUGGUGAAUGACUGGAGCGCGCGCGAUAUUCAGGGCCUGGAGAUGAAUCCGCUGGGGCCGUUUAAUGGGAAGAACUUCGGCACGUCGAUGUCGGCGUGGGUUGUGCCGCUGGAGGCGCUGGCGCCGUAUGAGGUCCCUGCGCCGGAGAGGAUGAAUCCCGAGGCGGAGUUUUUGGCGGAUCCGAGGCCGGUGAAUUAUGCGAUUAGGCUCUCGGGCACGGUUGUGCGGAAUGGGGCGCGCACGACGACGUGCGAGGUCGGGUUCGAUACGAUGUAUUGGACGUUUCGGCAUAUGCUUGCGCAUCAUACGGUUGGUGGAUGUGGACUGCGGACGGGGGAUCUGGUGGCGAGUGGGACUGUGAGUGGUGAUGGGGACCAUGAGCAUGGGUGUUUGCUUGAGCUGACCAUGGGCGGAAAGAAGACUAGUAAGUUGAGUGACGGCGGGGAGUUGCGGUUCUUGGAGGAUGGGGAUGAGUUUGUGUUUACGGGUGUUGUUGGGGAGGGUGUGGGGUUUGGAGAGUGUGUCGGUGUUGUACAGCCUGCGAGGAAGAUAUAG